AUGCAAAAUAUUUAUACAAAUUAUAUAAGCUUAACAGCUGUUAACACAAGAGACAAGUGUUAAGCUGCAUCAAAGGAUAAGCAUGCAAGAUGACACAUCAUAAACACCUGUGCAAAACACUCAACAACCAGUACAACGAAGCAAAGCCAUAAUAGACAAAAUGAUAAAGUCAAUGCAUGCUUCAGCUCUAACAUCUGGGACCUCGCUUUUAGCUUCUCCUAGUGAGAAUUUAUCAGCAAUAAUAUUCUAGCCUUUCAAAAAAAAAAAAACUAGAAGUGAAAAAAGUGUCAUCGUGAUCACCUUGAGUUUCAUGGAGCUUGAAUCUUCCUCCUCCAACUUGUUCCUCAUCACCUUCUUUCUGUUUUUCACAGUAGUCCAACAUCUUAAAGCUCAAAAAGCCAAGAAAUCUUUCACCAGGCUUCCUCCAGGGCCAUGGAAACUACCUCUCAUUGGUAACUUGCACCAGCUUGUCAGCACUCUACCCCAUCACACCCUGAGAGAUUUGGCCAAGAAGUAUGGACCUUUGAUGUGGUUAAAGCUCGGGGAAGUUCCAACACUUGUAGUUUCAUCCCCGGAAAUGGCGAAAGAGGUUAUGAGAACCCAUGAUGUAACAUUUUGCCAAAGGCCUUAUCUGCUGGCUGCUAGCAUAAUGGGAUACAAUUUCCAAGACAUCAUCUUUUCACCAUAUGGAAAUUAUUGGAGACAGAUGAAGAAAAUUUGCAUGACGGAGCUUUUGAGUACAAACCGUGUCCAAUCAUUCCAAUCAAUCAGGGAACAAGAGGUGUCAGCUCUCAUGGAAAUCAUAUCUUCGAAUGCAAGAUCCCCAGUUAAUCUCAGUGAGAAAAUUUACUCCCUGACGUAUGGCAUAACAGCGAGAGCAGCCUUCGGGAAGAAGAGCGGAGACGAAGAAGAAUUCAUAAGGAUUGCCAUAGAGGUUUCGAAGUUAGCAGGUGGUUUCUGCUUAGCUGAUAUGUAUCCUUCUAAUGAGAUGCUGAAAUUGAUCAGUGGGAUUAGGCUUAAACUCGAGAAGUUACAUAAGGCGUCAGACAGGAUACUUGAAAAGAUAAUCGAUCAACACAAAGAGAGGAGAAACGGAAUGGCAAAUACAAAAACAGGAAAUAAGAAAGACGAGGAAGAUCUGGUUGAUAUCCUUCUUAAGCUCCAACAACAAGGUGACCUUGACUUUCCUUUGUCAAAGGAUAACAUAAAAGCAGUCAUCCAGGAUAUUUUUGGAGCCGGUAGCGAGGCAUCAUCAAACACAGUGGAAUGGGCAAUGUCCGAAAUGGUAAGAAACCCGAAGCUAAUGAAGGAGGCGCAAGCUGAGGUGAGAAGGGUCUUCCAUGGGAAAGGAAAAGUGGAUGAAGUAGGGCUUGAGGAAUUGAAAUUCCUGAAGCUCAUUGUCAAAGAGACCUUGAGAUUAUACCCUGCUGGACCUCUUUUAAUACCAAGGGAAUGUAGUGAGGAUUGUGUUAUUGGUGGAUAUGAGAUACCUGCCAAGACGAAGGUCAUCGUGAACGCAUGGGCAAUAGGAAGAGAUCCGAGUUAUUGGAAGGAAGCAGAAAAGUUUCAGCCCGAAAGGUUCAUCGAUAAACCGAUUGAUUUCAGGGGAACAAACUUUGAAUAUAUCCCAUUUGGUGCUGGAAGGAGAAUGUGUCCUGGAAUUUCCUUUGCACUACCCAAUAUCGAGCUACCCCUUGCCAACCUGCUGUAUCAUUUUGAUUGGAAACUUCCAAACAAAAUGAAGUGUGAAGAUCUGGACAUGACUGAAUCAUUUGGAUUAACUAUAAGAAGGAAGAAUGAUUUGUUUUUGAUCCCUAUUCCUUAUCGUUCUUUGUUGAAGAUGAAAGUCAGAAUGCGUUCAGCUUCCUAUGGCGUGAAAGGAUUUAAAUGUUUUGGUAAAGUGAAGGCGCAUCCUCUUCAUGUGUUGAGCUUUUAGUCACCAGAUGUGUUUAUGACGUGCUGGUCUUUAUUACUUUAUUUAUUUCAUGUUUUUCCAUUCGGUUGUUAUUUUGCUUUGGUUUUGUAAAAGGUCACGUGCCUAUAAAUGUUUUGUUUUGAUGGAUGUUAAGGACCACUCAACGGCAUACAACUGUGUGGGUCCUCUUCUAUUUUCCUAAGCAAGUUGUUAUGCAAAACAUUAUCGUUUUGCUUCCACAGCCUUAAUAGAUGUGGUCUUCCUCAAAUAUU